GCGAGAAGGGCGGCGGCGGCGGCUGCACGGCGGCUGCUGCGCGUUGGCCGGGACGCGGGGCGGCGAGCGCAUGGAGGGCUCGGGCGGCGAGCGGGCGCCGCUGCUGGGCGCGCGACGGGAGGCGUUCGAGGGCCGGCGCGCGGCGUGCGCGGCCGUGCUGCUGACGGAGCUGCUGGAGCGCGCCGCCUUCUACGGCGUCACGGCCAACCUGGUGCUGUUCCUGAACGGCGAGCCGUUCGGCUGGGAGGGCGCGCAGGCCAGCCAGGCGCUGCUGCUCUUCAUGGGCCUCGCCUACCUGGUGUCGCCGUUCGGCGGCUGGCUGGCCGACGCGCAGCUCGGCCGCGCGCGCGCCAUCCUGCUCAGCCUGGCGCUCUACCUGCUGGGCAUGCUGGCCUUCCCGCUGCUGGCGGCGCCCGCCACGCGCCCCGCCUUCUGCGGGGCCCCGCGCCCCACGCGCGUCCGCAACUGCUCGGCGCCGCCCUGCCCGGACGCGCCCGCCCGCUACUGCGCGCCCGCCGCGCUGACCGCGCUGGCCCUCGUCGGCCUGGGCGUGGGCGCCGUCAAGGCCAACGUCACGCCCUUCGGCGCCGACCAGGUUAAAGACCGAGGUCCAGAAGCCACAAGAAGAUUUUUUAAUUGGUUUUAUUGGAGCAUUAAUCUGGGAGCAAUCAUUUCGCUGGGAGGCAUUGCCUACAUUCAGCAGAACGUGGGCUUCGUGACCGGCUACCUCAUCCCAGCGGUCUGCAUCGGGGUGGCUUUCCUGGUCUUCCUCUGUGGCCAGAGCGUCUUCAUCACCAAGCCUCCCGAUGGCAGUGCCUUCACGCAUGUGUUCAGGAUACUGGUGUAUUCGUGCCGUCCCCAGAAGCGGAUCGGAGAGCACGGUCACAGUGGUGAAGGCGUUGGAGCCCUUCAGCACCCUUCUAAACACAGUCUGUUUGAUUCAUGUAAGAGGUCUCGCGGAGGGCCGUUUACGGAAGACACGGUGGACGACGUGAAGGCCCUUGUGAAGAUCGUCCCCGUCUUCUUGGCUUUGAUACCCUACUGGACCGUGUACUUCCAAAUGCAGACAACGUAUGUUCUGCAGAGUCUUCACCUGAAGAUUCCGGCAAUUUCCAGCCUCACGGCCACUCCUCACACGUUCCCGGCGGCCUGGCUGACCAUGUUCGACGCAGUUCUCAUCCUGCUGUUAAUUCCCUUGAAGGAUAAACUGGUUGAUCCCAUUCUGCGAAGAAAUGGCCUACUCCCAUCAUCCCUAAAAAGGAUUGCCGUUGGAAUGUUCUUUGUGAUGUGCUCUGCUUUCGCUGCAGGAAUUUUGGAAAGCAAAAGGCUGGACCUUGUUAAAGAGAAAACCAUUAAUCAGACCAUCGGAAGAGUCGUGUAUUAUGCUGCCGACCUGCCCAUAUGGUGGCAGGUCCCCCAGUACGUGCUGAUUGGCGUCAGUGAGAUCUUUGCAAGUAUAGCAGGUCUAGAGUUUGCCUACUCGGCGGCCCCCAAGUCCAUGCAGAGCGCCAUCAUGGGCUUCUUCUUCUUCUUCUCUGGCGUCGGCUCGUUCGUGGGCUCUGGACUGUUGGAGCUGGUGUCCAUCAAAGCCAUCGGCUGGAUGAGCAACCACACAGACUUCGGAGUCAGCGAGCCUCCUGUCCAAACACUUAGGAAACCCACCCAACAGAGCCGUCUUCCAGCUGGACAUUUCAAGACGCGAAAACCUCGGCAUCUGGUCGAAGGUUUGACUGUCCUGGGCCUCAGUGAAGAAGAACUCGGCCUGAAUGCCCAUUUGGACAGCUGCCCUGUGUCCUGUGCACUUGGCCUGUGUCCCCAGCAGCGCCGAGAGGGGGCAAAGUGACUUCCACAGAUGUGAGCCGGGCUCUAGCGCGGGGCCAGGCCCAGCUCUCCCCGCCUGCGUGGGGCCGGGGAGGUCAGCUAGCACCUGGAAUGCGCCCCAUGCGUUGGGCCAAGCCGCGUGUCCGCAGGUGGCUUCCCUGAGCUUCGUGGCCACCACAGUGCCCCCAUCAGAGGCUUUCCUGGGGUCCACCUCUGUGCACCUGUUCCGGUGAACCGGACACAGUGUUCUGUGAAGACAUCCCCCGGGUGCAUCCCGUCCGCCCCCCUCUGCACACCUUCCCUUCCAGCAUCCAGCGCCCUUGGCUGUGAGGGGACUCCCUGAUGUCUACCUGCCUGGAGGUGAGCGUGCCUGGGGGUGUCUAUCCUCCCAGGGCAGCUCUUAACCAGAAACCCCGUUGGGAGAGGACUGUCAGCUUAGCCUUUAACCCUCCGCAUCAUUGGUGUCAUUAGAUUCUUCGUCACUGCCCCAUUCACGUGCAGUUCAGGGACUGGCAAGGGCCUCACGGGGAAAUUGUGCCCUUCUUACCGGGCUCCCUUCCCUGCAAGCCCUUUUCUCAGGCCUCCGGGCCCACAGCUCCACGCUGCCUCCGUAGUCCUGGAUGUAAUUUUUGUCUGUCCAGCCCAGUGAGCCUGCUCUGAGCUCUGGCUGUGCCAUUUUGUUCAGGCUCUGAGCUAAGCCCCCAAGAGGAAGCGUGGUGGCGGGCAGGGGCUCACUCCGUAGCCUCCCCACCUCCCUGGGGUCUUUGCCCUCUGACGCCCACGCCCGGGAGGCUCUCUGGAGCCUCGAAACGGCUGCCUUUUGGACUUGACACCGGUUGUGCUGUUAUUCUGUACGGGACAGGCAGUCUGAGGGAGCCCACCGGCCCCGGGCCAUGCAAGGCGAGGCUGGCUCUCGCUGCGACCGCUUUCGCGUCUUCCCGCAGCGCCCCUUGUGCCUCUGGGUGCAGAGCGUGGCCCGUGGCCUCCUCCCGGAAGGUGCAGUCCGAAUGUCUCGCCUGGCAAGCAGGGGGCACUCUGGCUCAAACGAGUGGGCUCGGCCUCUCCUCCAGGCGGAAGCUUCUCGGCCAGCAAAGAUGGGCUUGAUUUCAGUCUCGGGGCUCCCCGUCCCCCUGGCGGGGCCCCGCCUGCACCUCACAGCCUGUGCCUCCACACGUGACUUUCGUGACCGUACGUCUUCGGUCGAGGGCCACAGAACCGUCCCUGUUCAUGAUGCUUAAAAUCAGUGUUUGCACUUUGACCUCAACUGUGGAGGAAAGAAGAAAUCUGAGAGCAAAAACCUGGAAGGUCACUGCCGAAGCACCAGCACAGGCAAAUUGUUGUUUUCACAAACACUUUGCUCAUGCGCUGCGUUUAAAAUGAAAAAAAAAAAAUUAAUUUAAGUCACAUCUGUAAUGGUACAUUUUCUUUUAAAAAAAAAUUAAAAAUUU